AUGAGGCAUACGAAAGAAGAAAUUAGGCAAAUGCGCAAUGCCAGAAAGAAGAGAAGGCGGCAACAGAAAUCAGAAAUAAAGCACGCAAAGAUAGUUGAAGACGCGGUCCGUGAUGUUCGUGCGGAAGCUGAUCAAUGCAAGAGCCAAGCUUUGAAGUACAACGAGCUUUGCAAAAAAAGUCUGAAAGCCAAUAAUCAACUGAAACGACUAUUUAACGAUAAAACGAAUAAGAAGGUAUAUUGUAUAUGUGCCACACAUCUUCAAGUAUAAUAUUGAUAUAUUCAAAUAUAUUUAUUUAAUAUAUUCAGGGCCGUACGCACGAUUUUUUCCACCAGGGGGGCAGUAAGGCCUAUAUGACAAAUAAGCUAUAUGCCCAAGUCCCAAAUACCCAAAGAAUAAUUAAUAAUGUCAUUCUAAAAAUCGUAAAUAUAGUUUUCUCUGGGGAGGGGGCAGUUGCCCCCCCUGCUGUGUAGGCCCUGAUUAUAUUAAAUAAAUAAAUAAGUAUUAAAUGUCAGGGGGGUUGCUAACCUCUUUAAUGUUCGAGUCUCAAUAGACUUUUAGGGACAGUUUAUAUCUUUAAUUUGCACAUCCAAGGAGUCUGACAUGCAUGUUCUGAUUUACAGAUAACUAAGCUAUAUUUUUAUCAGAAUUACCAUAGAGGGAGCAUCCUCAUUCCCAAGGCUUCUAAGUGGCUGCCUGCAUUGCCAUAAGCCCUGAGACAAGCCGAACCGGAAGUGUGAAUUUAUUGGUCACUAGAAACCAAUGCCAGUAUGGAUGAGCAAACACCAGGAUCUCUGGUGUUCCUCUCUGGUGUUACGGUUUCGGCUUGCCUCAGGUUCAGGGCUUAUGAUAAUAAUAUAUACAAGCCCUUAUACAGUAAUAAUAACAGUGGUAAAUAAUGUUCUCAUCCUUUAUUUUUAAAAUAGAUUAUAAACCAGAAAAAUAUGUGUUCCAAUCCUAACAUCAAGUAUCCAUCAAUAAAUGUAAUCUCUCCUGAUGAGUUAGUGAUUGCAAAUGUUGAAUCCAUAGGGAGUGGUGUCUUUGGCAAUUGUUUUGUAAAGGCAUUUACACGACUAGGCAUAAAUGUGGUUGAAAAGCAGCUCAAUAAUGGUGAUAUUGAUCAGCUAUAUAACGAAGCAAAGCACAUGCAAGUCUUUUCCCACCGAUGUAUACCACAUCUAUUUGGAAUACAGGUAGAGAGAAAACCAUUGUCACUGAUCAUGGAAUUUGUGGAAGAGAACAACCAGUUGAUGACAGUGUACAAGGUGUUGUAUGAUCCAACUGCAGAGAAAACAAAAUUGGGCAUGUCCAUAGCAGACUGGCUUCGCAUCUGUUAUGAUAUUGCAGAUGGGUUAGAUCAUAUGCACCAGAAAGGCUAUUUACACUGUGACCUAAAAACAAAUAAUGUUUUGAUCUCCAAAAAGAAGGGCUAUAUUAUUGACUUUGGUAAAGUACGUAAGAUUACACACUCUUCUGCCAAAAAGUACAAAGAAGUCUUUAGCCAUAUUGCACCAGAGGUACUUCAAGGCUCUCCUGCGACCACAGCCAGUGAUGUGUAUUCUUUUGGAAAAAUCUUGAAAGCCAUUGCACAAGAGGUUAAUAGUACUGUACUGCUUCAGUUAGGUAAAACAGCCAUAAGCAGCGAUUCCAGGAAAAGGCUAACUCUUCUAGGACUACUGAUUGCUCUCAACGCAGAGAAAAUUCACUGA